AUGAAGGUCGUCAACCAUUGUCAAAAGAAGACUCAUUCGAUCAACGGAGACACUGUCGCCCAAAAUGUCGACUGGACUCGUGCGCACCUUGAGAAGCAAAGUUCAUCUGACACCGUCUCUUCCCAAGAUGGAAUUAUCGACACCAAAGGUCACGGAUUCAAGGGAGUCACCAGCAUAUCUACAUAUCAAGACCAAGAAACUCCUACUCACCAGACGCAAGAGUCUUCGAAAAGACAGAACCUGACAACUUCCCCGAAAAUCCAAGGAUGA